UAAUCUGUCGUUGACCUCUCGAGAAGUGGGCAAACGAGCCACAGCAUUGAUUUUUCGGGUUGUCAGGUUUAGAGGAGGCACAUCUGAGUCGGAUCUUGACAAUGACAUUUCUAAACUUCGCGCCCUCUUCGCAUCUAACGACAGCUUGGCAACGUCGAUCUCAGGAUAUUGGUUCUUGAUGACCAGGACCGCAACGCAAAUAUUGCCUUGCCCAACUUUGUUUUUGUCCUUGGAAAGAUGGGGAACCUGAACGGCAUUAAACUGACAGACGUUGAACAUCGUCAACCUCAACUCACCCGACGCCAGGUCCAGGUCUCCCUCUUCACUGCCUUCGCCAACCAUGCCAAUCUCACGGAAUUCACCUCUAUGACAUGUCCAUGGAAUUCCACGAAUUUGAGACCAUCCUCCGCUCAAGCCCAUCGCUUAGCUCCCUCCUUAUAUCCGACCUUCACAUAGACGAGUUUAAUGAGUUUCUUCCGAUCAUCGGGCAUUUUUCCAUGGUUGGCAAACUCAAUGAACUGAGAGCUGUGGCAUGGGAGGAUCCCCAGUCGUUCUAUCACGACCUUCAGCCAAAAACAGCUCUUAAGCUGCCGAUCGAGCGCUUAAUCGUUAAGUUGGCGACACCCUCGGAUUACAAAGUAAUGGAUCUUUUGGCAUCCUCUGCAUCACCUGUCCUUCUACCAGGGAGCCUCAAGAGAAUGGCGAUUUCUACCGCCACAGGCGCAUUUAAUAUGGUGAUAUCGGACAGAAUCAUAGCUUUUCUCCACUCUCCACUGGCCCAGUCUGUGUCGCGAUUGCACUUGGGUGAGCAUGAAGUGGGCACAUACAGAGCAGGCCCUCGUGCUCCUCGUAAUUUUGACACUGUUCAUCUCCCGCUUUGCACCGCUCUCGAUUUACACCUCGUUAUCGAUGACUGGAAUGAUAGCGGGGAAGGCCCCUUGUGGCUCUCUUCCAUUCUCGAAACCCUAUCUCCAGAGCAGCUCCCUGUUAAGAAGCUUCUUCUCAUCUUCGACUUUCGUUUCGAUCACGAUUGUAUCGACAAUUUGCCUGUUCCCACUCACGUUUGGCCUCGUCUCGACAAUGCACUCUUUGAAAAUGGCCUUGAUUUGGAGGAAAUCGGAGUUCAUGUAAUUCUUCGCGUCGAAAAUCCAGAAUGCCUCUUUUUUGAUCUGGAUGAAGAAACAGAAGCGGAAGAGAGCAACGGAUCGGAGAGCGGGGCGGGGAGCGCAGAAGAAGAGCGACCCAGAGAGCGAUCCCGAUGACAUAAGUGAUCUCGAUGACAGCAGCUAUAUUCCUAGUCAGAGCGAAGAUACAGAUGCCGAAGAUGAUGAGGAAGGUGAGAACGGUGUAGAGCUCAGCAAGAAAGAAAGUCAGGACGACAAGGAAGUCUAUGUCACCCCCGGGAAAUUGCUACAACCCUGGCUGCUCAAAUUUGCUCUUCCCAAGACAACUGCGCGCUAUUACCUUUAACAGGACGAAACUACCUCCUCCGCCAUGGAGGACUGAAUCAAAACUUGGAUCCGCAUCUCAGAAAGAGUCGGCGACGCUGCAUUUUUGAUAUCGACGAGGUUUUACGGAAGUAGUGACGUACAUUUUUUUCUCAUGUACAGAUAGU